AUGCAGUUAGACACUGAGACUCUUCAGGAAGUAUUUAAUGCACUAGACACUGAACAUAAAGGCCACAUAACUGUGGAGCAGUUUACCAAGGCAUUGGAACAAUUUUAUUCUUCAUCAGUUCCAAAUGCUGAUGUGAAUUCCUCAAUGCAUCGAAAAAAUUCGCUGAAUGUCAAAAAUAUUGUUAAUGCCCUCGACCCCGAGAAGGAUGGUAUAAUCUCUUUCGAGGAUUUCAAGUCCGCAUUUCAAGACUAUUUUUCUUCGGAUGAUCCCAAAUCACCCAAACGCAAAAAUAUGACUCUCAAACUGAUGGGAAGAAGUGUUUCAAUUAAUCCAGAGGAUUAUGUUUUGAAUCAGAGUGAAGGCGAGAACGAUCUGCGGACGGAAGACAGCGGCUUUCUGGAAACUGGUGGCCCUGAACCCUCACUGGUUUCACCUGACUUUGGGUAA